CGCGACAACCAUUUUAAAAAAAUAUAAAUUCUUUUUGACUUUAUGAAAAAUAAAGAAAAUGAAAAAGUAAUGAAAGUACUUUUUCAGCAGUGAAAGGUGGCAGUGAAAGUGUGGAUUUGAUAUUUUUGAAAUAUAUUCUCGGUUUUUAUGUUCAAAGGACCUUAUUAAAGUUUCUAGAAGCGGCACAAUUAAUUACCAUACUAGUAAUAAAAGUUGUGAGAACAUGUGAGAAUUGAAGAAUUUCCUACAAACGAUCAAGAGACGGCAGGAUGACGAAAAUAGUAGAAAUUUUGAGGUCAAAAUUAACGGGACGAGCUCAUAUUUAUAGACAGGUGCUGGCCACAUUUGCAUCGUCUCUGCUGUCCCUCGCUGGGGGUAUCACAUUCGGGUUCACGGCGGUCCUGCUGCCACAACUUAAGACUGACACAAAAUUCCCUUACGAUGAAGUUUAUGACUCAUGGAUUGCCUCUAUCUCUCCGCUGGCCAUGAUGAUGGGGUCUCUGUUCUCUGGCUGGAUGAGUGACGGCGUCGGUAGGAGGAUGGGCCAGCUCAUCCUUAUCGUACCGUUCACACUCGGCUGGGUUAUCAUGGGCGUGGCUAACAACAACGCAGUCAUGCUGAUAGGAAGGUUCAUCACUGGAAUGUGCACGGGAGCUGUCAGAGCAAACAGCAUGGUCUACAUCGGAGAAUUAUCUGACCCGAAGCACAGAGCUGUGGCCCUCUUCUGGCCCUCGGCGGCCAUCCAUAUAGGAGUCCUAAUCAGCCAUCUAAUCGGCAAAUACACUUAUUGGAAAACCAGUUGCUUGCUUUUCACAGUACCCAACAUUCUUUGCUUCUUAAUCCUACUAUUCUUGAAAGAAAGCCCGCUAUGGUUGCUUUCGAAAGGUAAAAUCGAUGAAGGCGUACAAUCUUUCAAAGAAUUUAGAGGUGAAGGAGAAAGUGCGGAGAAGGAACUCACAAGUGCUUUAGAGAAGAAUAAAGAAAAAGCGGAAGAAACUACGACAUUCAGAGAUAUACUGGACAUAAUAUUUAGUAAGCCGUUCGUGAAGUCGAUGGCGACUAUAGUGUUAUUGUUUAUCGCGGUGCAAUGGUGUGGUAUCAACACUUUAUCAUUCUACGCAGAAACUAUCUUUGAGAAGACAUUCGGUGGUGAUAUUGAUGCAUUUAUGUUGACGAUAGUUACUGAUUCCAUUAGAAUCAUAGCAGCUAUCAGUAUUUACAAGAGGGACCCGAGAAGUGCUAUUAUUAAAAUCUCCAUGGUUUCUGGGAUCCUCAAGGUGCGUGCUAAGCCCGUACGAGAGUGGAACAGCCUACGCCUUUAA